AAGAGAAAUAACGGACAGUGAAUGGUAGCGGUGAUGGAAGAGUCGGCGUUGUGGGCCGUGAGGGGCGGUGCGCGUCUGCUUGAAUUUCGCUGCGUGAUCAGAGAGCUCGCAUAAACAGCGGUGUUCCUUCGUCGUCAGGCUGGAUCCGCACCGGCGGCGCGGUGCCGAGUUCGUGCGUCGAGGGAUGGACGCGGCGUCGAAGCAGCGCUUUCUGGGCGAGCUCUUCCCGACUCGCCUGAGCGCCGUCGUGUUUGUGGCGUACAUCGGGUUCUUCGUCAACCAAGGCAUCCUGGUGACCGCGACCAAGAACUCCCAGGACCGGUACGACUACAACGUCACCACGGUGGUGAUGCUCACCGAGCUCUGCAAGCUGUUCGCCGCCACGCUGCUCUACCUGAGGGACCAUCCAUUCCAGUCCCUGCUCUUAGAGAUCAGCAAAAACCGGAAAGUGCUGUUCCUGUAUUUUGUUCCUGCGCUGCUGUACUGCUUCUACAACAACCUGGCCUUCGUCAACCUGGCUGCGUUUGACCCCACCACGUACAACCUGCUGCUCCAGUUUAGGGUUGUCAUCACUGGCCUCUCCUUUCAGGUUCUCUUCAAGAAACAACUGACGCGAAAGCAGUGGCUGUCUCUACUCCUGCUCACUGCUGGAUGCAUCGUGAAGCACCUCGGCCUACCAGCAAAGUCGCCGCCCACUGCCGGUGGAAAGGUGGUCGGCCUCUUCAGCAGUUUGUUCAGCGCCCACAUGCUGCUGUUGCUGGUGCAGGUAUUCUGUUCCUGCUUCGCUGGCGUCUACAACGAGUUCCUGCUCAAGGACACAGGCGUCAACAUUGACAUCAUGAUUCACAACGUGUUCAUGUACAUCGACUCGAUCGUCUGCAACGCGGCAGUGCUGCUGGUGCGGGGCGAGGCAUGGAGUGCGUUCUCUCGCGCUUCGGUUGCGACGCUCGUCAACCCGCUAGUCAUCGCCAUCGUCGUCAACGGUGCCAUCUGCGGUAUUGUGACGUCGAUCUUUCUGAAGAGCCUCAACUCGAUACUGAAGACGUUCGCAAGUGCGCUAGACCUGUCUGUGAUGGCCGUGCUGUGCUGGAUUAUCUUCAAGAUUCCCGUUGACACGUACACCGUUGCGGCGAUUGCCAUUGUGUCUGUCGCCAUCUACUGCUACUCUCAGCAACCUGUCGUGAACAAGCCCAAAGAGACGCCGCACUGUCACGACGAUGACGAUUUGCAGCGCGGCCUUGUGAACGGUAACCAACGGAGCACUGUCGUGGCUGCGGAAAAGGGUGCUGUAAUGAAUGUAUAGAUAGUGUUGUGAUGAGCAUAAGUUUAACUAAGAUGCGACUUCUAGCCAGUGCGCAGGUAGCCUGCAAUUUCUACAUUGACUGUUGCAUACUGGUCACAUCUCUCCGGCCGAGCCUGAGGGUACUGUUGUAUGUAAAGCGCACGCAUUCUCGGAAACCUAGUCUUUGUACAUGAUGCUGCUUUCGUCCGUCUAUGAUGUGGCUUUUUGACAAUGCCGUUUGUCACUUUGUUACUGUGCAACAUUCUGUUUUGGCAGCCGCAGCGGCGGUACUGGUGAGUAGUCUUCUGAUUGGGCCACCUGUAUAAUUGCAGCUCAUUAAAAGCCUGAUCGGUCCACAUUGAGUGUUGCAUCUAUUGACGGCACUACUGAGUGGUCGGUAACUUAGGUCACAGUUUAUGAUCGUAAGUUAAUAUGAAGUCACUUUAUAUUAAGUGCUUAUAAUAAUUAUGACAAGCAGUUUAAGUGUGACUCUAACAAGUGUAGGCAGUACUAGCUUGUGAAAUAUUUAAAAAUGCCAAUUUAAAACGAUUAGUGGACCCGAUUCUUUGCUGUAAUAGGGGGAGGGGGUUUCUGGGUGCCAGCAACUUUGUUAAGCACCGUGUAAUGGGCAUUAACAAGGUUACAGGCACUCCAGAAACUCUUACUGCCAACAUCAUUCAGAAAGCGUGCAAGAGUGUGGCCAACAUGGAUUCUAGCGUGCAAGUUCUUCUUGCAAGAUCUUUUUUUCCUGCCACGACACCGCUUGUGCUGUUCACCAUACGCACUGCUAAGUGCAUUGCAACUUUUACGAUGUAUACACUUGUAACAUGAAAGCUCACCUUCGAGUUCCUUUUCAUAGUUGAUAAAAGCUCACGGUGUUGGCAGAAGCACGAUGAGAAUCGUCUGCGCACGUCUGCAUAGUAGCACUUGCAUUUUUGACAACACCCCUAGCAUUUUUUUUUACUGUUGUACCGAAUUUUAAGCACUUGUAAAUGUUUAACUCAAUUACCAGAUGGAGCACUGUCUUUCAGCCCAAAUGUUAAUGGGGCAUACAAACAUUCAUUUAAGUAGUUCCUGCCCCUUUAGGGGCAAUCUGAAGCCCAACAUGGUCACUUGUGGUAAUGGUCAGCAUGGCGCCAGCAUUUGGAGCACAGGAUUGUCACAGUGCAUUCACCGAAUAAGGCACAUUUUUCAGUGCACAUAUUCAUGUAGCGGUGAAGUUGUAUGCACCACAACCACAACCUUGACAAGGUAAUGUUUGAGUCAUGCAGUCUGUUGACAAACGCUUCAAAGAAGCUGUGCUCAUCAGCAUUGCCAUCAAUGUAUCAUUAAGUGCAUUAGCAUUUGUAGCAUUAAGUGGAUCAGCACUUUGACAGGCAUGGCUUUAUGAUUACCUGUUAGACAUCAAUGUAGGUUCCUUGGCAGUUCGAACCACCAUUUCUACAAUGCAGGUAAUGCGCAAAGAAAAAUAAACAGUCAACAUCUGUCAUCUGUUUCAUCACAGCAUGUUGACAAGUCUACAUUUACAGUUUCAUCAAAGAUAUCAAGACAGACUUGUUAGUAAUUAGUAACCAUCGUUAAUGCAGUUAUUUUGUUGCUGCAUAUGGCCAGCAAGGAAAACAAAGUGACAACACAUGUCUGUUCUUUUGUUUUUGUCCAUGUGUCAUUGGCAAUUGUAUAAAAAUGGUUAUGUUUCACGAUGAAAGUAUAAACCAGGUGAAAAACCCUGUAACCGGAAUGUCUGUCAUUUUGGUAGUGUAGGUGCCCUGCUGGAUGGAUGUAAAUUCUUUUUCUGUGUUUUUUUUUUUUUUUGUGCCUUUGACACUGUUUUAUCUGUAACCUUGAUUUAAUCAAAGUGAGCUAUGCCCCAAUACGUGAUGAUGACAUUAGAACUGAGUUUGCUGUAUGUCUGUUGUUUGUGGUAAUACAAUAAGCGAGAGACAUAUAUUGUGACAGGCAGCUGUUUGAGUGGCAUCUAUAAGCCAAUCCAAGCAUGCAAUUAAAGGCAAAUGAAAAUACAGACACCCCCAGAGUGAUUAAAAUUCUUACUAUACUAAACACUUCAAGAUCAUAAAAGGUUCACACCCUUUUGUGAUUUUUAUUUCUGUGUUUGCAUUACGUUUUGUUCAUCGCCAAUUCAUAAAAUGAGAACUGGAAGGUUAGACAUGCCCAUUGUCAUUUAGCACUCAUUUAAGGACUGUCAUUCUUGUAUUAUCACUCGUCAUGUGUAACCUCUGUCACCUGAACUGCAGCACUUUAUUUGUAUUUGCCACCAAUAUAGUUAUAAAUGGUAGUUAAAAGAAAGCAUGAACUUGAUGCAGAAAGUGUCACUGAGGCUGUUCUUUGCACGCCAUUUGAAAUGUAACGGCAAUAGAUGCGCAAGGAUUCAAUAUUAGGUGGUUCAAAUUUUCGUUUGAUGCCAACAAGCAUUACAAUUUUGGUUCCAUGGGCCAUUAUGUUCUCAAAGCAUUUUGAAACCACUUAAUUUGAAUGAGUUGAACAAAUAUUUUGCUUAUAAUCUGAACUUUUGUGGAGCUAACACCUCAACUGAUUACAGGAUGCGCGACUGAUAAGAGUGCAUUCAUAAAGAAUUGCAUGGCUAAGAUGUGCUCAUGUUUGAGAUAAAGGCUGCUGUGUAUUUUUUGAAGUGUGCCAGUGCAAAGGAGCACUCUCGUAGUUGCCGAGAGUGUGACUGUUCUGGUCGUAUAUAUGUUGGAACAUGACUGGGUGCAUAUACUUGUUCAUCUAAUAAGUUGCAAUUUUGUUUAAGGUGAUAGCGUAUGUAAUCAGCUACGAAUAAUUCAGACUCCUAAUAAUUUGACCAGUUGCACCCUUCAAGUUUGAGUUGAUGCAGCAACACUGUAAUUAUUUCUGGUUGAGUUUAAUAUUUUGGUGCAAGGCUUUAUGUAAUGUAGUCUGUAGCAAAUGCCAAAUGAUCGCUGAGUUAUUGUUUUAUUAAGGAAACCAAACUUGCACAAAUCGGAAAGGCUCCCAUAUUGCUAGGUGUGAUUUAUAUAGACUAGAGCAUCAUGCUUGCUGAACUUUUAUUAAUUUAUUCGUGGUUUCCGUGCUUUUUCACUAUAAAGAUGCACCUGCUUAAAGAGAUUGAAUGUUAAGCAACAGCUGCAGUUGGGACUCUUUCACUUUCAGCAUGACAAAGCUUUCAAAAUUAACAAUUCAGUUCACAUAUUGUUGUAAACCACAAUUCAAGUUCAUUCUACCAUUUUUUUAAAUGUGUUCCUAGUCCAUCAUGCUUUCACAAAAAAUCUUUUAUAUAUAUAUAUAUAUAUAUAUAUAUAUAUAUAUAUAUAUAUAUAUAUAUGCAUUCAGAAAAGGUGUGUGUUCUCUGUGAAGAUGUUCCUUUAGUUUGCUAUAGCAAGUCCAGCAACAAAACAUAUAUCUCUUUUAAAACUAUGCAAUUCGUUUUAUUGGCUUCUAUAAUAUUUAUUCCCAUUGUAUAGUAAAUCCCCACAGAACUUUCUGAUGCGAAUCCUACGAGAAAUUUAGAAUGUAGGCUGGAGCUUGUCUGUGAUACAAGUCGAGCGAUGUCGUUUCUGUCUGCAUAUUGAAUCUCAGCAUAACAGUGUCACGAUAAUUACUAUAUCAUGUUUACCGCCCAUUCCGCAUAGGCAGGUUUAAUGACAUUAUUCAAAGACCUUCGGAACUCCUUUAUUUCCAAAGCCAGUGUCAUGUUUCUUACGUUGUUGUUAAAUGUGGAAAUAGUCAUGCAUUCAGUGAAUGCCACAGGCCUGCAUAGAACUUGUUUUGAGAUGAAAAGUUUUGUUAUAAAAAAUAUGUAUCAAGGUGUAUAAUAUUUUAAUGCAGAUGCAUUUAUUUACUUUCUUAAAAGUUUAUUUAUUUCCAUUGUGUGCAUAUUGAGAACUGCACUCUUCAAGCGCUGCUGCUAAAUCUGAAAUCAAAUGUGGUUGAAGCAAAAGAGGCAACUGUAGCGUACGUCGAGGAUUGUCCAACACCAAAUCAUGACAGUUUUUGUGUUUAUGUUGUGUAAGAGCAAGCGUGCUUCAACGAAAAGUCACAAUUUCGCUGUUUUUGUUUUUUCAUUACACAUUUGUUUAGGGUCACCCAAGACAUGCUGUUCAACAGUGUGUAAAUUCAAGUGCUGAAAGACUGUUAGAACUUUGAUAAACCGCUGACAGAAUGGCUGCUAUUGUUCUUAGUCAUGUGGCAGGUACAUUCGAACCUCGUCAUAUUGAAUUAUCGGAUAUAACGAAACAAAUCCAACGUUUCUUGCAGAUAUCAGCUUGGAAUCAUUGUAAUGAAUACUAUUGUUAUAGCAAAUAUCAGAUAUAGCGAAAGUAUUUUUGUGUUCGGGGCUACUUUAUAUUGACAAGGUUUAACUGUACUCAAAUGGCAUUUGGAGUUACGACAUUAGGCAAUUAGAUCACCUAUCCUCUAUUUUUGACUGUUCUCCUACUUGAAGUACCACCCUGACUUCUUUCAACUGGAGGGCAGCUCUGCCCAUCAACCAAAGUAGUUACUUUAAAGUAAAGGCCAACUGCAACAAAAAUUUGGAUUGCUUUUAUUAAGCUUACUUUCAGAUGUAUGAAUAUAUGCGGCAUCCAUACAUAUUACUUUUGAAAUACUCAGUAUGGCACCUGGGUAUGACCUCAGAGAUUCGGGGUUGUUGGCGGGAUACUGAAAAUCUCGAAGGCCUUGUUCUGGGACCUGUGUCAACCUGCUAACCUCCAGGUGCCUAUGUUGUAAUCUAAGGUGCCUUUUAAAGGCAGUUAAUAAUACAAAAAAAAAAAGAUUUAUGGCACCUGUAGCUCUGCCAAGGUUGCUUCGAUAG